AUGCGUUACCAAGAGGAUCCGCAGGAGACAGCUGCGAAAUCAAGCGCCUCCGCAGGAGACAGCUGCGAAAUCAAGCGCCUCCGCAGGAGACAGCUGCGAAAUCAAGCGACUCCGCAGGAGACAGCUGCGAAAUCAAGCGACUCCGCAGGAGACAGCUGCGAAAUCAAGCGCCUCCGCAGGAGACAGCUGCGAAACCAAGCGACUCCGCAGGAGACAGCUGCGAAAUCAAGCGACUCCGCAGGAGACAGCUGCGAAAUCAAGCGCCUCCGCAGGAGACAGCUGCGAAAUCAAGCGACUCCGCAGGAGACAGCUGCGAAACCAAGCGACUCCGCAGGAGACAGCUGCGAAACCAAGCGACUCCGCAGGAGACAGCUGCGAAAUCAAGCGACUCCGCAGGGACAUCUGCGAAAUCAAGGCCCCCUGGCAAUGUGCAAGCACCUCUGCGUGGUGCUAGGGACCAGUAUUCAUCUCACCUGGGGACUGCAACUCCCAUGGGGACUGAAGAAGCCAAGACUUGCACAGUAG